AUGGAUUCGUUCAACGCCAGCGGAAUGGAUGCGUUCACGGUGAUCCAUUUAAAUUCCUCCUGGACGCUGGACAGUGGAUAUUCUUUAGCAGCGAUAGCUGGCAUCGCCGCUCUCGUAAGUUUUCUCAUUCUUUUUACCGUUGUUGGAAAUAUUCUUGUGGUUAUCGCUGUGUUAACGAGCCGGGCACUGAAAGCCCCCCAAAACCUUUUCCUGGUGUCUCUGGCCACAGCGGACAUCCUGGUCGCCACUCUCGUGAUGCCGUUUUCUUUGGCAAAUGAACUCAUGGGUUACUGGUAUUUUGGAAAAGUUUGGUGCGGUAUUUAUCUGGCUCUGGAUGUUUUGUUUUGUACUUCAUCUAUUGUGCAUCUGUGCGCAAUAAGCCUGGACCGAUACUGGUCCGUUACGCAGGCUGUAGAGUACAACCUGAAGCGGACUCCUAAACGCGUCAAGUGCAUUAUCCUGAUCGUGUGGCUUAUAUCUGCGUUUAUCUCCUCUCCGCCGCUCAUAUCUAUCGACAGCAACAGUGAGAUCAGCUCUCAGCCUCAGUGCGAGCUGAAUGAUGACACUUGGUACAUCCUCUCCUCCAGCAUCGCGUCCUUCUUCGCUCCCUGCUUAAUCAUGAUCCUGGUCUAUAUCAGAAUAUACCAGGUGGCCAAAACCAGAACCAGAAGCAUGUCAGAAAAAAAACCCAGGCCAGAUGGCGUUACACAAACUGAGAAUGGACUGAGCAAAGCCACCUCCCCUUUCCACGGCGAGAGGGAGAACGGUCACUGUCAGUGCCCGCCUACGCCCAGCCAACGCACCGUCACCGUCGGGCAACAGACUGAGGAGCCUGACAUGGAGGAGAGCUCCUCGUCAGAGGGCAAAGGUCACAAGCCCCAGCUGCAGGAGUCCCAGAGAGCAAAGAGGAUCAGCAACAAGAAAAACUCGCUCUCCAAGCAAUCCACUCGCAUCUCCAGGGUCAGUAACAAGUCCAUGGAUCUGUUCACCUCCAGGAGGAAACGCCGUAAGAGCUCCCUAGCCAGGAAGAAGAUCUCCCAAGCCAGGGAGAAGAGAUUCACAUUUGUCCUGGCUGUUGUCAUGGGAGUGUUUGUUGUUUGCUGGUUUCCCUUUUUCUUUAGCUACAGCCUGUAUGGUGUGUGCAGGGAACCCUGUAGGAUUCCCGACCCCCUCUUUAAAUUCUUCUUCUGGAUUGGCUAUUGCAACAGCUCCCUCAACCCUGCCAUUUACACCAUCUUCAACCGGGACUUCAGACAUGCCUUCCACAAGAUUCUCUGCAAGUCCUGGAAAAAGUCCUUUUAG